UCCAUCAAUGCCUCAGUUGCUGGCCGCUGCAGUAAUGUACUAUUUAAUCAUGUACAUCAUGAGUCGACAAUUCCUUAUUAAAGAUAAUAUGAAAAUAUACAGUGCGUUUAAUAUUUUAUCUCAGAUGGUUGGUACAUCAAAUAUUCACGUCUAGAAAGGAAAUUGAAUUGGAACGCUGUUUGGAGACGAGACGACCAUGACAAAACCGAUCAGGGUUCAGGUUUGUUAUUGUUAUUAAUAUUUUUAAAUAACUUUUUCUUAUUAACCUUUUUUAUAUUGAAUCUUUUUUUUAUUUUCAUAUUGACAUACUAACAGCAGACAAAUGUUGAUUCAUAUUGUGCAAAAAUAAAUAAAGAUGUUUUCCAUGAUUUUGAGAAAUACAAAUAAAGAACAUAUUAUCUGGAGUAGAAAUAAACUUGUGAACUAUUUUAUUCGUGGCUGUAAAGGUGAUUGUUGUGAUCCUUGUGCACCGAAAAAUAUCCCGUGUCCUCCAUAUCCUGCUUAUACUCCUUCUCCUCCAUGUUCUUCUUGCCCAAGGCCACAAUAUCCACCAUUUUACUGCUGUCCCAGGACAAAAUAUGAUGUAAACUUUAUCUGUGUGAAUGACAAGCCACCAAGUACUACUGUCAGAGAUUUUUUCGAUCGAGCAUCGCAAAUUUUUUUUUGGACGGAAUUAAUACGAGGAUUUGCGGUUACGUUGGCACAUGUUUUCAAGGAACCUGCGACUAUAAACUAUCCAUUCGAAAAGGGACCAUUGUCACCACGUUUCAAAGGUGAACAUGCGUUACGAAGAUAUCCGUCUGGGGAAGAACGGUGUAUUGCCUGCAAAUUAUGUGAGGCAAUAUGUCCAGCUCAAGCAAUCACAAUUGAUGCCGAGCAGAGGCAGGAUGGUUCCCGUAGAGCGGUGCGUUAUGAUAUCGAUAUGACUAAAUGCAUCUUUUGUGGUUUCUGCCAACAGGCGUGCCCUGUAGAUGCAAUUGUUGAGGGGCCAAAUUUUGAAUACUCAACAGAAACGCACGAGGAGCUUUUGUAUAAUAAAGAAAAAUUACUCUCGAACGGCGAUCGCUGGGAACCCGAGAUAGCAAGUAAUAUCAGGGAUAAUCACUUAUAUCGUUAGGCUUCAGUCUGCCUUGGUACUUAGUGUGUUAUUCACACAAUACUUAAUUCUUUAAGUGGUUCUCGGUGCGAAGAAUUAUCACAACGCGACAUUCAAAUGUUUCAUUUUGUGUAUUAUUUUAUUAGUAAUUAGUAUUUUAAAAAAUUGUUUUUAAAUUCGUGUUGUUUCAUAUUUAUAGUAAAC